UUUGCUUAGGACUGACACUUCACUACACCACAGUGGAGCUGACACUUCAACUAACCUCAAAAACUCUUUGUUUCCUCUGAAAAAGCAGCCAAACUCAAUUAACUGGACCACUUUGUAAACCCUAGUUCACAAAUAUAACCCCUUCCCGAUCAAGCCAAACUCUGUGACUUCAAUUUCUUUCUGAGUUCAUUCAUCCAUGGACAUCAUAGUGUUUUUCAUUCUUCUUGUACUUUUAACUACAACAUUUGAUUCAUUUAUAGAAUCAAAAUAUAUAGUUUAUAAUACUAGUCAAGGUAUUGUUCCUGGGAAAAUCAAUGUUCAUAUGGUUCCUCAUACUCACGAUGAUGUUGGUUGGUUGAAAACUGUUGAUCAAUACUAUGUUGGUUCCAACAAUUCUAUUCAGGGAGCUUGUGUUCAAAAUGUACUGGACUCGUUGAUUCCGGCUUUGUUAGCUGAUAAAAAUCGGAAGUUUAUUUAUGUAGAAAUGGCAUUUUUGGAGCGUUGGUGGGAUGAUCAGAGUGAGGAGGUCAGAAGUACAGUGAAAAAGCUUGUUAGUUCGGGUCAAUUAGAGCUCAUAAAUGGGGGAAUGUGUAUGCAUGACGAGGCGUCGCCACAUUACAUUGAUAUGAUUGAUCAGACGACUCUUGGCCAUCGGUUUAUUAAAAAGGAAUUUGGUGUGACUCCAAGGAUUGGGUGGCAAAUUGAUCCAUUUGGACAUUCUGCCGUGCAAGCUUACAUGUUGGGAGCACAGGUGGGAUUUGAUUCUCUUUUCUUUGGUCGGAUUGAUUACCAAGACAGAGAAAAACGGAAAAAGGAGAAGACCCUUGAGGUUGUAUGGCGGGGUUCGAAGUCCCUUGGUUCAUCUGCGCAGAUCUUUGCUGGUGCAUUCCCCGAAAAUUAUGAACCUCCCAGUGGUUUUUAUUUUGAAGUUAAUGCCGAGUCACCUGUUGUUCAGGAUAAUAUGAAAUUGUUCGAUUACAAUGUUCAAGAGCGAGUUAAUGACUUUGUAGCUGCUGCAGUAGCACAGGCCAACAUAACUCGAACAAAUCAUAUUAUGUGGACCAUGGGGACAGAUUUUAAAUACCAAUAUGCACACUCAUGGUACAGGAGUAUGGACAAGCUCAUCCACUAUGUGAAUUUGGAUGGGCGCGUCAAUGCCUUCUAUUCAACACCAUCUAUUUACAGCGAUGCUAAAUUUGCAACAAAUGAAUCAUGGCCACUCAAGACUGAUGACUACUUUCCAUAUGCGGAUCGUGCAAAUGGAUAUUGGACAGGAUACUUCACGAGUAGGCCAGCUUUGAAACGCUAUGUCCGCGUAAUGAGCGGUUACUACCUAGCAGCAAGGCAAUUGGAAGUCUUCAAAGGACGGAGCGAAUCUGGCCCGACGACAGACAGUUUGGCUGAUGCUUUGGUGAUCGCUCAACAUCAUGAUGCAGUUACUGGAACAGAACAGCAACAUGUGGCUAAUGAUUAUGCUAAACGAUUGUCAUUGGGUUAUGUUGAGGCUGAGGAGUUGGUUGCAUCUUCACUUGCCUACUUUGCAGAAUCGAAAUCAGAAACUAGAUGUGGGAAAACAUUGACUAAAUUUGACCAGUGUCCUCUUUUGAACAUAAGCUAUUGUCCUCCAUCAGAAGUCGAUUUCACAAAAGAGAAAAGCUUGGUUAUCGUUGUUUACAACCCACUUGGGUGGAAACGGGAGGACGUAGUUCGGAUUCCAAUCAUCAGCGAAUCAGUUACUGUACGAGAUUCAAAUGGAAAAGAAGUUGAGUCGCAGCUCAUACCUCUAGUUAAUGCUUCUGCAGCCAUUAGAAAUUACUAUGUUAAAGCAUACUUGGGUGUAACUCCAAGUGAGGCACCUAAAUAUUGGCUAGUAUUUUCAGCCUCGGUACCUCCUCUCGGUUUCAGCACUUACAUUGUCUCAGGUGCAAAAGGAGCAGGCAUUAGUUCUGCAAUGUCAACAACACUUACAUCAAAAGGAGGUGAUAUGAAAGUUGGGCAAGGGAAUCUGAAACUCAUUUAUGAUGAAAAUGAAGGCAAACUUACACAUUAUAUUAAUAGCAGAACCUUGGUUAAAUCACCUUUAGAAAACUCAUACAGUUUUUAUGCUGGACAUCUUGGAACCAAAGAGGAUCCUCAGGCCUCGGGAGCAUAUGUCUUCCGGCCAAAUGGCACUUUUCCCAUCAAAACUGAAGCGAAGGCUCCGUUGACUGUUUUCCAAGGACCAGUUGUGGAUGAAGUACAUCAAAGGAUCAACCCAUGGAUCUAUCAGAUCACUAGGGUCUAUAAAGGAAAGGAGCAUGCUGAGGUUGAGUUCAUCGUUGGACCUAUCCCUGUUGAUGAUGGAACUGGGAAAGAAAUUGCAACACAAAUUACAACUAACAUGGAUACAAAUAAGACAUUCUACACAGAUUCCAGUGGACGGGAUUUCAUAAAAAGGAUUCGAGAUUAUAGAACAGAUUGGUACCUGGAAGUGCAUCAGCCUGCCGCCGGAAAUUAUUAUCCUAUUAACCUCGGGUUAUACAUUGAAGAUAAAAGCACAGAGCUCUCAGUUUUAGUGGACCGAGCUGUAGGUGGAUCCAGCUUAGUGGAUGGACAGAUAGAGCUCAUGCUCCACAGGAGCUCGAGGAUGGAAAAGUUCUACUUCGGUUGGCACACCUAUAUGAGGUGGGAGAGGACGCUGAUCUUUCUGUAAUGGCUCUUGUCAAACUGAAAAAAUUGUUCCCUAACAAGAAGAUAAAGAAGGUAACAGAGCUGAGCUUAUCUGCAAACCAACAAAGAGAAGAAAUGGAGAAGAAGAGAUUGGUUUGGAAAGUAGAAGGCGCUUCAGGAAAAGAACCGGAAGUUGUGUUAAGGGGAGAACCUGUCGAUCCUACGAAACUAGUGGUGGAGUUGGGACCAAUGGAAAUACGAACCUUCACAGUUGAUUUGGAUUACAUAUACCUGAAAGAUGAAAAUGUUUCUGUAGGUUCCUCUCACAUUUAGAAUGACCGUCCUCUUCUUGUUGAUUUGCAAGUUUAAAUGUUGCAGAGAGAGAGCUACUCUUCAAACAGUAGAGGUUGCAAAUAAUGUCCAGCUAAAAUAAUGACAAACUGAAUUUUCCAUCA